UCUAUUUAGUGCGUGGUGAGGCGACGUUAAAGCGUACGGGCUUAUACUUGUGCUACAAUGGCCUGGAAGUACCUGUGCUUAGUUUUCGUUGUCUUGACCACAUCGUCGGCCUACAUUCACCAUCAGGCUGCACAUAGAGCAAAAUACCAAAAAGGGAAAACUCACAUUACAAUAGAAUAUGAUGUCGAAUACCCAAACUUACAAGAAUCGCGACAUACUGGAUCAAACCAAUUUAUACCCAAAAUUUCGUUGGAAUGCGAGAAGCUGGGGGUGUGCGAGAGCACUUCUAACUACCCUCAUGAAUACGUGGACACGCUGCUGACUAAGAUAGCUGAUAGAACAAGCAUGCUGGAUCAAGAAUUGCCAGGUGGGGUUAUAAGCUUUCACCUCGACGAGGAAACUCCAAACAUGAAGCUGAAUCAAAGUUUCGAACUGUGCCAGCCAGAUGUUAAAAUAAUUUAUCCUCAAGCAAUCAAGACGAACGCAGGCAACUGGGUAUUUGUCCUCAAUGGAAAGGAUAAUAAAGUGCAAGGCUUUGUUGGGACAUUGUGCAGAAAUCCAGGAUACCAGUGCGACCACACAGUGACUUUUCCUGACCACUGCAAGACUGAAUGCAAACAAGAGUACAUAAAUCAAUCCAUGUGGGGGUUGGACUACAGCGGCAAUAUGAAGUUCGUGGUGGGAAGAAUCGCGUCAUGCUGCAAAUGCAUGUUGCAAUGUUAACACUGUUAAAAGACUGUGAAAUGACAUAUUACAGAAAGUAAUGAAACGAA